AUGGCUCUUAUAGGCAGGAUUCCCUCUGAACUUGGAAACCUCUCAUUUCUUGUUUCUCUUGACUUGGGAAGCAACAAUUUCCAUGGAAAUUUGCCGCAAGAAAUGGCAUGCUUGCGUCGGCUUAAGUUUCUUGAUUUAAGUGUCAACAACUUCAGCGGGAAGGUUCCCUCUUUGUUUGGACUCUUACACCAUCUUCAAGUUCUAAAUCUUGGAAAUAAUAGUUUCACUGGUUCCAUCCCUUGUUCAUUUUCUAAUAUUUUGACACUUGAGACUUUGAAUCUGAAAUUCAAUUCCAUAGAGGGCCAAAUACCAAAAGUGAUUGGAAGUCUUGCAAUAGCUUUAUCGGGAUAUCUUCCCAAUGGUUUAUGCAAUGGUCUCCCAAUACUCAAAGGGCUUUAUCUGUCUUAUAACAAGCUUCAUGAUCAGAUGCCUACAAGCUUGACAAAUUGUUCACAACUUCAAAUUUUGUCUUUAUCGGAUAAUGAGUUUGAUGGACCAAUACAUAGUGAAAUUGAAAGAUCGAGGAUAAUUCCGCAAGAAAUUGAAAAUUUUGUGAAUUUGGCAGAGUUAGCAAUGGAGAGAAACCAGAUUAGCGGCUCUUUCCCCAUCUCCACAUUAUCUCAUCGCUGCAACGUUUGUCACUUUGAAGAAAAAGAUGCGAUAACUGAUGCAAAUAUAUUUGAUAUUACUCCAGCUUUCCAUGUCUGCAAUGGGAAUGAAGAAUGUCUGCAAUCUCUAAAACAAACACAUGAACAAAGGAGCGGGAAAACAACUGCAACACAGGACGAUUGA